CGAAUGUCUUACAAACCGAGGAGCUAAAAAAACAAACAGCCAAACAAGAGGGCCACUCACGGGUGCCCUAAAUCAAGAGCUAACCAAACAACCAACCAACAAAGCAAACUAAUCUCACAUUUGCUGGAGAUGAAUGUUAAUCUGAAUCAUCGGCCUUUGCUGUAUCUAUUUCCUUCAAAUUUGUGCGACGCUAAAAAAGUGCUUCCCAAUCGCAACGCCCUCAGCAGCAGAGCUUCAUCUUUCAAGUGUUGUUUAACCAAAAAUGGCAACUCCUCCGAACCGGUUGAGGUGUGCAAUGAAGUUUACUUGGAUUUUGUUGUUGUUGAGUUGACUUUGCAUUCUGGUUUCUCAAUACUCAAAAGGGAUAUGCAAGGUGAAAUUGGAAGUGUAUGGAGUUUUAUGGGUUUUUAUGUUUUCAGCAUCCAUGUUCCUUUGAGUUUUGGUGGCAUAUCAGCUGCUGCCAACAUAUUGCAUCAACUUGUUCUGGAUCCACAAACUGGGAUAUUUCUAAUGCUCGGUAUCCAAACCUUGGAGCUUAGCAUAGUCCUACUGUUUCUAAAGUGUCCUUGGAAGCCACAGUUUGAUUUUGAAGACUGCUUUCAAGCAAACAAAUCUUCAAAGCAAAGGAGUUGGUUACUGGCAUCAGUGGUUGGUGUUGGAUUUCUUCUUUUUGUGGUUCUCAUUACUUCAUACAUUGCUGACCGGUUGAUAGGGCCCAAGGACGUGAACAAUCCCUUUCUCAAGGAAAAUCUGACCAGUGGCUGGAGCUCCUUAACUGCCAGUAUUCUCGUCUAUUGCCUUGUCACUCCAUUGCUGGAAGAAGUUGUGUACAGAGGCUUUCUUCUAAAAUCUCUUUCAUCAAAAAUGAAAUGGCUUCCGGCCGUCACAAUCAGUUCCUUUGUUUUCAGCGCAGCUCACUUCUCGGUCGACAACUUUUUACAGCUUUUCGUUGUUGGGUUUGUUCUCGGAUCUUCUUUCUGCUGGUCUGGGAACUUGAGUGCGCCUGUAGCAAUACAUUCGUUGUAUAAUGCCCUCAUCCUGUUGUUGACAUAUGUAUCAUGAACGGAAUUUUAGAAACCCAUUCAUUACAUGGUUAAAUAGUGACUGCAAGACGUUGGAUUGACUGUCAUGUAAUCGCAGAAUAAAGUGUAGUAUAUUUCUGCCAUUAUUGGAUACUUUUGUAUGUUCCUUUUCCAAUAUCAUGCACGAGUUGUGUGAAGUCUAGUUUUCUCUAUGGCCUUGAGCCUUUAUUUAAUUAUAUUGGAC